AUGGAGGAGGGUAAUGGCACUUAUAGUAUGAUGGCUUUUGGCGAGAACAUCAUGACUAGUAGUAAUAAUAGUGGGAUUUAUCCAAUCAUCAUGAUGCCUUUACUCACUACCACUCACAAUCAAGUUAUUAAUCCUCUUCCUAAUCUUAAUUACUCUAAUCCUAAUAAUGCAGACACAAAUAGUUCCUUCCCUCUUCCCAUGCUUACUACUCAUCAAGAACCAAUCCGCAACAACACUGGGAUAUGUUACUUUAUGGACAUACACAACAACCACCAUGGAAGCUCUUCUUCUUCUUCCUCUUCAUCAGCUCUCAAGGCCAAGAUCAUGUCUCAUCCUCACUAUCAUCGCCUCUUGGCUGCAUACGUCAAUUGUCAAAAGGUUGGAGCACCGCCUGAAGUGGUGGCAAGGUUAGAAGAAGCAUGUGAAUCUGCAGCGGCAAUGGCAGCAACUUCUUGCAUAGGUGAAGAUCCAGCGCUGGAUCAGUUCAUGGAGGCCUACUGUGAGAUGCUUAUCAAGUACGAGCAAGAACUCUCCAAACCCUUCAAGGAAUCCAUGCUUUUCCUUCAGCGCAUGGAGUCCCAGUUCAAAUCCCUCUCCAUUUCUCCUUCCAAUAACUUCGCCGGUAAUGAAGGUGUUGAUAGGAAUGGAUCAUCCGAGGACGAUGUUGAUUUACAAAACAAUGCAAUAAUUGAUCCGCAAGCAGAGGAGCGGGAGCUGAAGGGUCAGCUUUUGCGAAAGUACAGCGGAUACCUUGGUAGUCUGAAGCAGGAAUUCAUGAAGAAGAGGAAAAAAGGGAAGCUCCCUAAAGAAGCAAGACAACAGCUACUUGAAUGGUGGAGCAGACAUCACAAAUGGCCUUACCCAUCUGAAUCACAGAAGGUGGCGCUUGCAGAGUCAACAGGUUUGGAUCAGAAACAGAUAAACAACUGGUUUAUUAAUCAAAGGAAACGGCAUUGGAAGCCUUCGGAGGAUAUGCAGUUUGUGGUGAUGGAUCAAAGCCAUCCACAUUAUUACAUUGACAAUGUUGUGGCCAAUCCCUUUCCCAUGGAUUUUUCCCACACAAUGCUUUGAGAAACAAAAAUAAAUGCAAAGGCAUUCAUCACUUCAAACUUGAAAAAGUAGCAUAUAAAUGUAAUGUAUGUAGAGAGCAACGCACGUCUUGAGUAGUUAGUUAUGAUGCUAUUAAAUAUAUAUAACGGAA